AUGUUCUUAAUGCUAUUCCUCACUGUUCGAGCGGAAUCAUGUAAACUCGAAACGAAUUUAUCGCUUGCCGUAUGCAAAGAUUUGGCAUCGUAUCAUUAUGCCGAUGAUACCGUUCAUUUUUUGCGUACACUACGCCUGGAGAAUUGUUCAACGUCGUCAGACGUUGUGACGUCAACUGCUGUCGAAACACUUGACAUUCAAUGCACAGACAGUAUACCAGUGUUUGCAUUUGAAAAUUUUAUUCACGUGAACAAGAUUAUACUGUCAAGAUGUGAACUAUCGCAAAUAAAGUGGCAGAGUCUUUAUGUGAAUGGCAUAAUUCCGACGGUUGAUCUAAGUGGAUGCUCAUUAGACUGUAGUUGUAUGAAUCGAUGGCUAACCUCUAAGCAGCCUCAGACAGCUUAUUCUGUUCUUGCCGUUCUACCCGACACCUUCCACUGCUCAUUUUUACACUGCAUAUCGGGUACGCUGACUACACUUCCGUACAUUGAGUGUAUUCCUGGUGAUUCGGUUACAAUAGAUGUGAACAUUUCUGCACCGACAUUCGACAUUUUUGUAAACAAAAGGUAUUUCACGUGGCAUAUGUCUCACCUGGAAUAUAACGUUACUGAACACUUCACUAAAGAUCGUAUUUGGUUGGAUAUUGAUGUCGUCACUGAAGAACAGCUCGGCACUGUAGUUGUCGUAUGUUGGCAUUGUGAACUUCCACUUAUGACAACGAUUGAGAGUGUAAAUGUGGUGAUACCGAAGAAGGCUGGUGCGUAUUCAUCUGUAUUUGUGUUAAUUCGCAAUUUUUUAAUUGCACGUGUUGCACAAGAUACUGAUCGAAAUGCAAGAUUUCGGGUUCGUGUUCCGAUUCGUGCUCGUCUUGAGGACCGAGAGGAUUCCCAUCUUAUCAUCAUCUAUGGUUGGCCAAUCGUUCCCAUCAAUCUCACUAUUGAAAGGAAUGAUGUAGCUGAAACACAAACACUUUCUGAUGACAACGCUGUUGUAUUCUUUGAUAGCCUUGUUGUUCGACCCGAUAAUGGGAAACUUUUAUUAUGCUUGAUGAUUUUGAAUUUACAGUUAAUCCUUCAACGUAAAAAAACUAUUCGAAGUAGUAUUGGAUCACGAAGGGCAAGUCGAGUUACUGAGGAGACACUGUUAAGGCUUGAGGAGCGAUCAUUAUCUUCUUCCGAUUAUUCCGGUCAACUUAUACCUUUCAUCAACAUGGGUUCGAUUCAAAUACACGAAUGUAUCGGAAAGAUCCGAAUGCCGGCUUUGACAAUCUUCGUCGUUCGUGCGCCGACGUCAAACUAUGACAAAGAAGAAGUCGAAGCGUUCUAUAUGGACUUGGAGAAGUUCUACAGAGAAGACCAUACAUUCUUCAAGGUCAUAAUUGGUGAUUUUAAUGCCAAGGGUGAAUUUGGAGAAGUAUACUGUGGUUCUUGGGAGAAGACUGGUGAACGUUCUGUGGCCAUUAAAACGAUCAAAGCAGACGAGGACGUUGAGAAAGAGGUAGCAGAUAUUUUUAAGGCCGUUGUUUUGUCACGAUUGGAGCAUCCAAAUAUUGUACGACUAUAUGGAAUGGCUCGCGACGGACCACAUCUUUUGUUAGUGUUUGAGCGAAUGAAUUUAGGUGAUUUGCGGACAUAUCUUCGAGCUCGCGCUCCCACGUCGUCUAGUUAUUCACAGUUUCCACCUGCUCUUGUGGAAGACGAACUUAGACUCAUUGUUCGUCAGAUAGUAUCCGGUUUGUGUUACCUUACAACUCAACAAAUCGUCCACCGUGAUCUUGCUGCACGUAACUGCCUCGUAAAUGGCGAAAGUGACUUACGCUGUUGCUUGGCGUCGCAACGUCCUCCGAUUGUUGUAAAGAUUUCGGAUUUUGGGAUGUCACGGAGAUUAUAUGGUCAAAACGAUUACUACAGAAUGCAAAACCACUGCCUUUUGCCAGUACGUUGGCUUCCACCGGAAGCCAUAACCGACCACAAAUUUAGUACAAGUAGCGAUGUGUGGGCACUGGGAGUUACAAUAUGGGAAGUAUUCAGUUACGGCGAAGUGCCUUUCGCAGAGUUGAAUAACUUUGAGAUGGUGUCAUAUGCAAUGGCUGGUAUGCGACCACCUCGACCAAAAUCCUGUCCAAUAGCAAUUUACGAGUUGAUGGAACGAUGUUGGGCUUUGGUUCCGGAUGAUCGUAUUCGUCCUGAAGAAGCGCUUCUUGAUCCUUGCCUAACACCGACGCUCUCAGAAUUCAUCGGUGUCUUUCCAACAUAG